UUCGCGGCCGAUAGUUCCCAGCAAGCAGCACCUGCACCGAAAACGGAAGCGUCCGAGGGGAGCUCCGCGCGCGCGUGCGGCCAGGCGCCCGCUUGCGUUCGUCAUCUCCAUCACACUCCAAGUCUCCAACCCCCUCUUCUCUCCCGGCUCCAUUUCCAUUUCCGCUCCCCACCUCCUCCCCUGCCAGGCGCCAGGCUGCCCGCCUCGCCGCCACAGCGGACGCCCGCGCCGACCCGCGCGUCUCGGAGAACAGGUUUUGGGACCCGGCACGAUGGUCGGCGUCGGGGUGGAGUCGCCGGCGCCGCCGGCGGCGCGCAGGUUGAGGCCUGGGAGGGUCUCCGCCAAGCGGUCCUGGCCGCCCGGGUGCGGCCGUCCGCCGCCUGCGCCCCAGCCCGAGCCGGCCCCCGCGGCCGCGGCCGGCGAUGGGGAGAACGGCGUGGGUGGCAGCGCCGGCGUCCUCGGCGGCAAAGCGGGUGAGGCGAUCGCCCCUGCCGCCGUUUCGCCUCCGGCCCAGAACGGCUCCCUGUUUCGGCAGCAGUGCUCGGGGGAUAAGGGGGAGGAGGCGGUCGGCCCCGCCGCCGUUUCUCCCAUGGCCCAGAACGGCGCCCUGCCUCGGCAGCAGGGGAUGAAUAAGAUGGAGGAGGCGGCCGCCCCCGCCGCUGCUUCAGCUGUGACUCAGAACGGCGACAUGCCUCCGCAGCAGGGGUCGGAUCAGGUGGAGGAGGAGGCUGCCCCCGCUGCUGUUUCACCUGUGGUUCAGAACGGUGACCUGCCUCAGCAGCAGGGGUCUGAUAAGGUCGAGGAAGCUGCCGCCGCUUUAGCUGCGGCGCAGAACAGAGCUCAUCAUCAGCUGGUGCAAAAUAAGGUGGAGGAGGUGGUUGUUCCUGCAGCUGCUUUGCCUGCCGCGGGCAACGGUUCCCGCUCGCAUGCCAUGCCUCAGUUGGGUCCUGAGGGGGCAGGGGAGGGUGGAGACAAGGGGGGGAAUGGAGAGGCACAAUUGCUGGGUGAUUCAGGUGUGCUGUCGUUGGAUGGUCAGGAGGGAAGCAGGGUGUUGGAGGUGGCUGCGCCACAGCCACUGGCAAAAGUACUGGAGAGUUGUGGCAUUGUUGGUGCUGCUAGUUCUGCACAGAACAGUGGUGAGGAUGCUGUUUUUUUGGCACUCAAGGAGCACGAACACGGUGGCAGCGCCAAGGUGGGGAGGGAGAAGGUUUCUGCUGAUUGGGAUGCCAUGGAGAUGGGAAACAGAACAGGUGGUGGUGAUGUAGAGAGGAAGGAAAAUGGGGUUGUCGCAGGAACUAGAGCAAAGAGAUGGUUAACGUCCGCUGUGAAUCCACCACCCAAGAAUAGGGCAGUCUCAGCCAUACGCAGAUUUCCACCUGGUUGUGGAAGGACUGCCGUUACUACCAGAGGCAGUGGAGUUUUGGAGGUCUCUCCCGUAAGGACAUUUCCUUCUAGUUGUGGGAGGGCUGCUGUUACCACUACAGGAAAUGGAGUUUUGGAGGUCUCGCCUAUACGCACAUUUCCUCCUGGCUGUGGAAGGUCUGCUGUUACUAUUGCAGACAGUGGAGAUCAAGAGGGUUUGCCGUUGGAAGACACACCUGUCACUAGUAGUGAUGCCAUGGUGUCAGUUCCAGUUUUAUGUGGGGCUGCUGCUUCAAAAUUAGCACAAGAGGCCUCAAAUGAGAAAAUGGAAGGCAAGAGAAUGGUGGAUGAAUGUCAUAGCUGGACUCAUAAUAGGGUCCAGGUUCUAGAUGAUUUUGUUGGUACUGAACAAGAUGGUGACCUGCAGCUAAAUGCUGUUGCAAAAACUACACUGGGUAAUAGUUCCAACAAGAAGAUGAAGGGGACACACUCAUCACGUGAAGGGAAGCAUGUAGCACAAGUAGUGGUGGAUGGUAAGAUGAAAAAUAAACUUGACGGAAGCUUCAAUAGAAGUACUCUUAGGACACCUUUGAGUGAUCCAGUUGAUGCAAAGACAAAAAGAAAGAGUUUGGAGAGUGACGAGACAACUGUGUCAAUGCUUUGUGAUGCAAAGGCUUCUAUGGCAGAGAAGGUGCGAAGUAAGACUUUGAGCGCUAAAAAGGAAGUGACAUGCUCAAAUGUGAACGUGAAGCAAAAUAAGGUUCCUCGUAAGCUGAAGGGUGAUGGUAUAGGCAAUAACAACUUACAUAGGGAGUCCAAGUUUGGAAAACAUGGUGGAACCAAUCAACAUGAUGGUCUGAAACUUGUGCCUGACCAACUAAUUGUUCAAGCAUUGAUGGCUCCUGACAGAUGCCCUUGGUCACGAGGAAGAAAGUCUGUCGCUAGGGCUUCCAAGUCUCUUCCUCGUACGAACAAGCUUAAGGGAAAAGAUUCUACUCCAAGAAGAUUAUUGACGGGAAAAGUGGCCUCUAGUGAUCUGAUCAACGAUGAGACAAUGGAGGACAAUGACAAUUCUAACCUGGAAGAUGAUGACAGCUCCAAGGCACUAGUCGUGUAUGGAGAAAAGCGACAAAUGGAGGACAAUGACAAUUCUGACCUGGAAGAUGAUGACAACUCCAAGGCACUAGUUGUGUAUGGAGAAAAGCGAGAAAUUUGUGUCACAGUUCCUCCAUUGGUUCCUUUUGGGUCACACCAUAUGCAACUUGGGGACCAUGAUGUGGAUGCUCGAAGCAAAGUUAGGAAGUUGCUCCGAUUGUUCCAAGCAAUAUGUCGAAAGCUCAUGCAAGUUGAGGAACAAGGUAUUCGCAAUAUUACGAGGAUUGACUUAGAAGCAAUGAAUGCUUUAAAGAAAGACCCUAUCUAUAAAAAGCUUGGGGCCAUUGUGGGAAAUGUUCCUGGUGUUGAAAUUGGCGAUGAAUUUCAUUUUAGAGUAGAGUUGUCGAUGGUUGGUCUCCAUCGCCCGAAUCAAGCAGGUAUUGACACUUCUAAGGUGAAUGGUGUUCUAGUUGCUACAAGUAUUGUUGCCUCUGGAGGCUAUCCUGAUGAGCUAUCAAGCUCAGAUGAACUAAUAUACACUGGCUCCGGAGGAAAGGCCGGGGGUAAUAAAGAUGCAGAUGAUCAAAAGCUGGAACGGGGUAAUCUCGCUUUGAAGAAUUGCAUAGAAACCAAGACCCCGGUUCGAGUGAUUCAUGGGUUCAAAGGUCAAACUAAAAGCAAAUUUGGUCCAUCUAGAGCCAAGCAAACAUCGACUUUUAUUUAUGAUGGGUUGUACGAGGUGGUGGAAUGUUGGAAAGAAGGCCCGAAAGGUGAGAUGGUCUUCAAGUACAAGCUACAAAGGAUCGCAGGACAACCAGAAUUAGCCCUUCACACAGUCAAGGCGACGAGGAAAUCCAAAGUUCGUGAAGGUCUUUGUUUGCCUGAUAUAUCUCAGGGAAGCGAGAGGAUACCCAUUUGUGUCAUCAACACAAUUGAUGACAUGAGGCCAGCACCAUUUAAAUACAUCACCAAGGUCAUAUAUCCAACUUGGUAUGAAAAAGAACCUCCAGCGGGUUGUGACUGCACAAACGGCUGCUCGGACUCUAUUAGAUGUGCUUGUGUAGUGAAGAAUGGAGGGGAAAUCCCAUUCAACUUCAAUGGUGCGAUCGUCGAGGCCAGGCCUCUCAUAUAUGAGUGUGGUCCAUCGUGCAGGUGCCCGCCAUCAUGCCACAAUAGGGUCAGUCAGCAUGGUAUCAAAAUUCCACUAGAAAUUUUCAAGACCAGUAAGACAGGUUGGGGUGUAAGAUCCCUCAGUUCUAUAUCUUCAGGCAGUUUCAUAUGCGAAUAUACCGGUGAGCUCUUGGAAGACGAAGAAGCUGAAAAGAGACAGAAUGAUGAGUAUCUAUUUGAUAUUGGUAGUAACUACCAUGAUGAAGAACUUUGGGAGGGGCUAAAAUCAGUGGUUGGUGUACAAUCUUCUACCUCGUCCUCCGAGACAAUGGAAGGCUUCACAAUAGAUGCAGCUGAGUGUGGUAAUGUGGGAAGAUUCAUCAACCAUAGCUGUUCACCAAACCUCUAUGCCCAAAAUGUUCUCUGGGACCAUGAUGACAUGAGGAUGCCACAUGUUAUGUUUUUUGCUGUUGAGAAUAUCCCUCCACUACAGGAGCUGACCUACCAUUAUAAUUAUAAGGUAGGCAAGGUCCAUGACAAGAAUGGCAAUGAGAAGGUUAAAAGUUGCUACUGCGGCGCCUCUGAUUGCUGUGGCAGGCUCUACUAGGACAUUGCUGACUGCUGUUAAUUUUCGUGGCAAAGACUUCUGCCAUGCCUUUGCUGUACCCUCUUGUUUUUCAGUUCAUAUUGUACUUGCCUGCAUUCUAAUGUUUAUGCUUAUCCAACAUAUAAAAAUGUUAUCAGAUUUUGAAGAGAUUGAGCAGCAUUUGCUCUUGUUAUCAUCUUGUAGAAGACAUUCCGGCCCUUGUGACUGUUUCAAACUUUUAAUGGACUUUGCACGGAGCUUCUUUUUGUGAUGUUUUUUUCUUCUUUUGGGCGGAAUAAAGCAUGCUGUUGUCAGUUGAAAUAUUCAAUAACAUGAAUCUGCAAGGUAGAAAUGUCCAACUAUGGCUCAGGGAUGCGGCAUUGAGGAUGGAGGAGAGGAUGGUUGGGCCAGGAGGGGUCACUCAGGAGUCAGGACAUUGUGGAGUGCAUCCACAGGAAAUGUUAGGUGGAUGAGGUGGUCAAGUUAAUGUUUGAAGGCCCUCCAAGCCGGAACAUGAAGGAAACUCAUGGUUUACUAGAGGACGGGACUUCAAUGUGUUGUACAGGGGAAGAUCGGUUGUGUUGUAUAGGGGAAUGAACAAUAACCUUCAAUGUGUGCAGUCACAUGCUAAAUUUACAGAGAUUGAUUCAAAGUUCUGUGUCAAGCCAUGGAGGCCACAAUUGCAGAAGUCAAGGGCAGAUAGUACGCUCAACGUCCAAUGACAAUUUCUCCCUAAAACUACAACCCACAAAAAGGUUUGAUUUUGAUAGUUUCCUGGAUCAGUUGGGAGCAUGGUACGAGGAUUGGUUUGGUUGAACUGUUGAAGCCCGUCCCUGAUGAUGCUGACUUGCGUCCCGGACUACAAACCACCAUCUGGGCUACUUCACUACAAGAUUACUGGAACUCUAAGAGAAGGAAAUAACAGGUCUGCAUAGAUUUGCAAGGCAUGAAGGAUGAAGGGGAGGAGGCUUAUUUACAAACUUGCAGCAGCAAUUACACACUAAAUGGAUGCUAUUGCUGCGCUGAGCCGCUGAUCAAUAUGUUGGUGCAGAACAUGCUCCAGUGGACUACGAUUCAGACAAAACCAAAUAAUGGGGAGAAUACAGCAAGAGUACAAGACAGGAGUGGCAUCGAAUAAGCAAGGGGUUUACCUAGAUUCGGCUGACAUUGGAGAGAUCACCAUUGAUAUCCUCACUGGGAACAGCCUUCAGGUCCCUUGCCUUGAAGUGGCAGCACCGAAAGUUCAGCUGAUCCUGCCAAGAGCGAUGAUCUUAUGGUUAAUACAUCUAAAAAGUGUGUUUUCCAGACCAAACAAAUGCUUCAUACACACUUCACCAUCGUCAGCUUGCAUUCCUGUCACACCAUACACAAAGAUUAUAUCCGUGCAGGACAGCUGGGCAGCAUAUGGCUUCUGCAAAAGCCGCUCCUCCUAAAGGGACACGAUCCCAGAAAAAAUAGUUGGAAGUAACUUAGCAGUGAGUUCCUACGUUAUGCUAACCUGCAAAGCUGAACCUUACCUUCAAAAGUAUUCUGCACGCUGUUUGAUCUGUACUUAACAUACAGUAAUGCCUUCAACUACUUCAUUCUAUGUACUAGAACACUACCUGUUCCAUGAUUAGUACGUAAAUUCAGUUAUGUCUGAAAA